AUAGGGCAUACAGUCAAGAAAAAGGGCGUCCUACGCACAUCAUUUUGUAAGGAACUCAACCUUGUGGGUGAAGCUCUCCAGGCAGGCACGUGUUCAUUUAAGCUGGCAAUCCAAAAUUCGAUAAUUUUCGUCGGAAUAAAUGCUCUUGACAAAAGCAUUGCUUGUACUCGUCGUUACACAGUACGUCAAGGCCAACACAACUUGCAUUUGACUCCGAUGUUUUCCGUUCCUGAAGGAGCUGGACGUCGACUAUCUCAGUGUCUCGGAGGACGCGCAUCUCGAAGGUCUUCGAGCUCACGUCGAAUUACACGAUCUAUGUCUUCUCUUCCGCGAGGCGUUUCCAACGCCCCUAAGCCUAAGCAUGUGAAUGUGAAUAGUCUCUACUCCGGCCGAAAUCUGUCUGCAAGCGGUAAACCCGUCGGUGAGUUCAAGUUGUAA